UUCGCACGUAUUCUAUGAUAUUGUUGUGCGGGGUGACGGAGACGCGCGCCAUACAAAUUAUCAGCACACGGCGGCGUCCCAUCCCCUCCCACUCAACCGCCAGACCAGUCCGCCGUUGAAGUUCGAAAACUUUAUUGUUAAAAGGUCGCGUGCAGACGUCCGUCGACGGCGGUGGCGACCAAAGGGCUGCAGCGGAUUUCGAUCGAUUGAUUUUUAUCCCGAAUCGUCGGCAAACGGCAUAACAAUAUGUGUGCGACCGUGUGUGUGUGUGUGCAUCGUAGACCGUAUAUAACGGACGAGAUAGAGAGAAAGAGAGAAGAAAAAACGUUAAUAAAUUAAAAAGGAAACGUGAUAAAAAAAAACGCAAUCGACGUAAUGUUYAAUAGUUCCGAACGGUUCAAAUACGUCAGAAGAAAAUUCGGCACCGCCAACAACAGUGAAAAUCGCUCAUUCGUGCAGCUUAACCACUUUCAAUCCGACGUAAACAAUGUCAGCUGGAAAAGUGGAAUUUAUCGUUGUUUACAAAACAAGCGAAGAUAUUAUUUAUCAAAGCUCUGAACUUAACAACCAUGGUCCGACCGUUAAGGGGUGGAGGUCUUCCAAAAAUUGCGAAUAUCCUCAGCAAUUAAUACUUAAACUCCACGAAACCACCGUGAUCCAGCAAAUCCAGAUACUUGCUCAUCAAUAUUUAAUUCCCAAUAAAAUUGAAAUAUGGAUCGGGCCAGAAGAAUGCGUGGAAACAGAUAAUGUAUCAACUCAAAAUUACGAAUAUUUAGGUUAUAUUACGCUUAAUGAUAACGAUGGAGGUACAGUGAAGAGCAGAGAACUUAAGACUAUUUCUCUACCAUUAGCUAGUGCGACUAGUUAUGUCAAGUUGGUUUUGUACGAAAACCAUACAAAUUCUUUAAACCGUUUUAAUCAAGUGAGCUUAAUAGGUAUACAAGUAACAGGCGAAAAACAACAUACAGAUCAAGGAGGCUUCACACAUCACAGUUCAAUAUGCGAUGACUUAGCUUUCGAGAUGUACGUGGACAAACACAUCGCGAAAAUCAUUCGAAUGCUUGAAAACAGAAAGAUUAUUGCUGUUCAAGAUGAACGUUUUGAGUAUGCGAGAAAAUUAAAAGGGGCGAUGACGGAGUUAAGGUCUGCUGGAGAAAAACUAGGAAAAUUAGAAUUAUCAAAAACCCAGGCGAUACAAAACGAAGACUACGGUAAAGCAAAGAAGAAAAAAACCCAAAUGGAAGAGUAUCGUGCACAAGUGAUGAUUGAAAAUCGGGUAGAUGACCUUUUGGAAAAAAAUGGGCCUUUAGAAAUUAAUGAUGAGGAACCUGAAGAUCUCGUUGACAAGACACCAGGAUCUGUUGACGAUGCCAAGAACGUAGCUUCAUUGUCUCCAAUAGUAUCGCCAAAACAAGUUUCGACCAAGCCUUGUCAACAAGAAAUCGUACCAGAAACAACCGAAACCGAAGUGGUUGAUGAACCAGACAUUUACCAUAGUCCAGUAUCGCCACUUCACUAUCCCGAAAAUAAUUCUAGGGAAAGAUCACCAAAGCUACAGCAAACGAUCAUCACGAAAGCAAUCUCGUUAAAAAGACCUAAACCAAUCCGUCCAAAAUCCAGCAAGAGCAGUUACGAUGCAUAUGAUGAACAAGCUAUUCCAGCACAAAGAUUUUGCCAAACGCAAAAUAAUCUUGACUCUUCCUCAUUGACGUCGACGUCGACAAGCGGUGUUGGAACGUCAAAGUUAACCGACAGAGAUAAGAAACAGGCUUCUAUUCCGAUCGCCGUGUUUGGACUUACGAUAGUGAAAUAUUUUUUUUCGAAACAAUAUUCGGACAAAGUUGAAGGGUUGAAAUUGAUGGAAAGUUCGAUGAAGAGUUUUAUGUUCGACGGUGUUGACGUUCGACACUCUCCGAAUAAAAUGACCCGGGCAGCUGUCCAGCUGUUGCACCGAACUCUUAGGGACAAAGUGUUUGCUGUCUACAAUCUCUCUGCGGAAAUCAUAAGGUUCCUGUUUUCAGAAUUCAUCCCUGGGAGAGUUUCAACGGGCGAAGCUUCGCGAAGUCUAGAAACACUGCUUCCUGAACUGUUGGCGAAAGCUGGAGACACGACGCCGCGUAUUAACACCAUAGCGACGCACACCAUAUUGAGUGUAGCUGAAGUGCCCGACAUAAGAAAACUUAAUAUCAUACCGACUCAUUUGACGCGUUUACUCACCGGUAACAUACAUCCCAGAUUGAUACUCAGCCGCUUGGAAAUGGUUGAGCAACUGAUUGUCAGCCAAGGAGUGUCGUCCGACAAAAAUAGUGGGAUGACUUGUCGUAUUUUAUGCGAAUUUGGUAUGUCAGCUAUUCAUCAUCCAACAGAAGCCGUUCGCAAAGCUGCCGAACGGAUUUUAGUACACGUUUACAAAGUUAAUCCUAGGUUCGUACGAAAACAACUGCCACCAGAUGACGAAGUUACCAGGCGUAAUAUUAUGUACAGGCAACUAAUGCAAGAGUUUGAACGUAUCGACCAAGAAAGACUAGGCGAAAUAGAUACAGUCGGUCAAAUACAAUGCAAAUUGGUACGGUCGACUAGUGAGAAUACGUCGACUUAUCACAACAACGAAAAUAUCCAUAAUAGCAUAGUUCAGAGUAAAUUAAGUUCCAGCACAUCAGCUAGCGUGGCUGAUGUUUACGAGAAUGGCCAAGAAAAUGUCAAUGCAUUGAAAUUAAACCGUUGUACAUUUUGCAAAGAUGAAUCUUUAUUCUCCGAAGAAGAAUUAAAUAUCCAUUAUUGGAAAUAUUGUCCGUUGUUGAUGCGUUGCGAACACUGUUCCGAAGUUAUUGAGAUUAUGGCACUUCGACAUCACUUAAUAAAAGAAUGCGAUUUCAAAGAUAAGUAUACAACAUGCGAUCAAUGUUUAGARGUGAUUGAGAUCGAAUUUCUAGAACACCAUAUUUCAGGAUCUACAUGUACAAAAAGAAAUACUGUCAGUAAUAUUUGUCCGUUAUGUUUGGAUGAAAUAGGAAGCGAUCAUCAAGAUUGGUAUAAACAUUUAAUUGGUCCGUCAGCGUGUAAAAUUCAUCCACGAAAGAAUUAUAUUAAGCGUCAAUAAAUUAGAAGCGAAGGCAUUCAAAUGAAUACAUGGAUAUUAAUGAGUCACUUUAGGCCCGUUUCCUAUAAGUGCGUAUCAUACGUUCAUCGUACGGGAGAGUUUUAUCUUAUUUAGUACCUAAACAUUAAGUUUAUACGUGUCUAUCUGCCAAAAACCAACGCCUCUUUGUCAGAAUAAGGGCAGAAAUAAUAUAAUUUCUAUUAAAUUAAAGUUUAAUUACAUUAUUGCCAAACCUAUAAUUAACCGUCUUCACAAUCUUUGCCAAUAAUAAUAAUAAUAAUAUAAAAAUUAUAAUUAUUAUUAUUAUAAUUAAUAUUAAAAUAUUA